AUGGGUACCAUGAAGUGUUCCCCUUCUAUGGCGGCUACCAUCUUGCUACUCACCGUCUGCUCCUCCUUCAACGGUGGCGGUGCUGAUCAAGCCUUGAUAGAAAGUAUCUGCAAGCAGUCCCAAGACUAUGCUUUUUGCAUGAAUACUCUCGGCAGUGACCCUCGUUCCGAUACGGCCGACUUACGUGGCCUUGCAAUGAUCUCCAGUUCACUCUCGAUCAUUCAAAUUCAGGACACCCUCCGUCGGCUUCCUGAUAUAAUUAAACAGUCGACCGACCGCCUCACCAUUCAGCGACUCGAGGUGUGCCAAAGCGAUUACGAUGGUUCAUUGGCUAAUUUCCAGAGCGCCAGCAAUGCUACUUCGAACAAUGCUUUUUACGAUACCAUCGACUUCGUUAGAAAUGGAACGAAUCGGGUUAUCGAUUGCCAUAAUAUUUUCAGGAAGGACGGACCAAUUGCCAUAUCUCCGAUUGCCGGAGAUGAUAUCAACGUGUUCAAAUUGGGAGAACUUGUUUUGAUUGCUAUAGAUGGUCUCAUACACAAGAAACAGUUGUGA